UCUCCUGAUUUAUUUGAUUGAGUUUUUCUAACAUCGAAGUAUUUAGUUCUUUUUUUUAAAAAGAAAAACUGUUUAAGUCACAAACUUGAUCUUUUUCCUCACGGUUUAGCAUUGACAUUGAUAUACUAACUUGACUUUCAAUGUUUACUUUGAUAAGUAAGAAAUACUGUUUUGUAAAAAAAUUACUAAAGCUUCCUAUUACGUUUUCAAGACUUCAUGCAGAAGGAUUUUCCAUGGAAAAUAGUAUAGAUAAAAUACCUUUUGUUGGAAAACAUCAAUUUACUCAAUUACCAGUUUAUAGAAUUCUAAAUAGUUCCAAAAUGGAUCACGUUACUAUUGAUAAAUUACAAUUUCAUGAAGAUCUCUUAGUUGACAUUUAUAAGACUAUGCUUUCGUUGAGCGUCAUGGAUACAAUACUUUACGAAUGUCAAAGGCAAGGUCGAAUUUCAUUUUAUAUGACAAAUAUCGGUGAGGAAGCAGUGCAAAUAGGAUCUGCAGCAGCAUUAUUGCCAGAUGAUUUAGUAUAUGCACAAUACAGGGAAAGUGGAGUCCUAUUAUGGAGAGGCCUGGACUACACCUUCUUCGUAAAUCAAUGUUUUGGAAAUAAGAGUGACAAAAGCAAGGGAAGACAAAUGCCAGUCCAUUAUGGUUGUAAGUCCCUCAACUUUGUAACCAUAUCUUCACCAUUGGGAACACAAUUACCUCAAGCUGUUGGUGCUGCUUAUGGCUUAAAAAACCACCAUAAAGACCAAUGUGUAACUUGUUACUUUGGAGAAGGUGCAGCAAGUGAGGGAGAUGCACAUGCUGCACUUAACUUUGCAGCAGUCCUGGAAUGUCCUAUAUUACUUAUAUGUCGAAAUAACGGUUAUGCUAUUUCAACACCAGCAUCUCAACAAUAUAAAGGACAUGGAAUAGCAGUGCGAGGUCCAGCUUAUGGUAUACGCACGAUCAGAGUGGAUGGUAAUGAUGCGCUGGCCAUGUAUCAAGUAACAAAGGAAGCAAGACAGUAUGUUGUGAGGGAGAAAAAACCUGUUCUUAUUGAGGCAAUCACUUAUCGAAUCGGCCAUCACAGUACAUCAGAUGACAGUACUGCAUACAGAAAAUUUGGAGAUAUCGCUGAUUAUUCAAGAAACUGUCCAAUUGUACGCUUAAAAAAAUUUUUAUGUGACUCAAUGAUUUGGGACGACAAAAAAGAACAAGAGUGGCUAAUAAAAAGUAGAAAUCAUAUUAUUAAUGCAAUUUGUUUUGCUGAAAUUGAAGAGAAGCCUUUAUUAAAAGACUUAUUUUCUGAUGUUUAUUAUACUUGGCCAAGGAAUCUUACAACUAUGAUACGUAUUAGUCAAUCAGAAAUAGAAGUCAAUAUAUUACUGUUUGUCCAGGUACUAGAGCUUUAA